GCGCAGCGGCCCAAGAUGGACGCGCCGGCGGUGCUUGCCGCUGCGGCCCCGGCCCCACGCGGACCCCAGCUGGGCGGCGGCGCCGGCCGGCCCCGCAGAACCCCGGGCUCCGCGCACCGCCGGCUGCUGCUGCUGCGGGACCCCGAGGACGGCGCUCAGGGGCCGCGGCGCGGGGAGGCCCGGCCGGCGGGCCCCGGCGGCGGCGGCGGGGACUCCUUCGUGGUGCUGCUGGAAGUGGCGCGCGGCGCGGCCGAAGCCCCGGGGCGGCGGGAGACCGAGCCCGAGCCCGGCGCCGCCGCGAGCCCGGCCGGCCGCCCUGCGCAGGUCCCCGGCGCCGCGCCCCUCGCGGGCCCCCGGGCCGCCGGCGGCCAGGACCUGCUGGUGCACCUGGAGCGCGGCGUCCUCGCGCUGGCCGCGCCGUCCCGGCGUCCGCCGCCCGGCCAGGAGGCCGCCAGCCCGGCAGGGGCCCGCCGCGCGUCCGCCGGCCCCGGGUACCGCUGCCCCGAGCCGCAGUGCGCGCUCGCCUUCGCCAAGAAGCACCAGCUCCAGGUGCACCUGCUGACGCACGGCGGCGGCCAGGGCCGGCGGCCCUUCAAGUGCCCGCUGGACGGCUGCGGCUGGGCCUUCACCACGUCGUACAAGCUCAAGCGGCACUUGCAGUCUCACGACAAGCUGCGGCCUUUCGGCUGCCCGGUGGGCGGCUGCGGCAAGAAGUUCACCACCGUGUACAACCUCAGGGCGCACAUGAAGGGCCACGAGCAGGAGAGCCUGUUCAAGUGCGAGGUGUGCGCCGAGCGCUUCCCCACGCACGCCAAGCUCAGCUCUCACCAGCGUAGCCACUUCGAGCCGGAGCGGCCCUACAAGUGCGACUUUCCCGGCUGUGAGAAGACGUUCAUCACAGUGAGUGCUCUGUUCUCCCAUAACCGGGCCCACUUCAGGGAACAAGAACUCUUUUCUUGCUCCUUUCCUGGAUGCAGCAAACAGUAUGACAAAGCCUGUCGUCUGAAAAUCCACCUGAGAAGCCAUACAGGCGAAAGACCUUUUAUCUGUGAUUCUGACAGUUGCGGCUGGACCUUCACCAGCAUGUCUAAACUCCUAAGGCACAAAAGGAAGCACGAUGAGGACCGCCGCUUCCCCUGCCCCGUUGAGGGCUGCGGGAAGUCGUUCACCAGGGCCGAGCACCUCAAGGGCCACAGCGUCACCCACCUGGGCACCAAGCCGUUCGCGUGUCCCGUGGAAGGGUGCUGUGCCAGGUUCUCCGCGCGGAGCAGCCUCUACAUUCACUCCAAGAAGCACCUGCAGGACGUGGCCGCUCCGAAAAGCAGGUGCCCGGUGUCCAGCUGCCACAGGCUCUUUACUUCCAAGCACAGCGUGAAGGCCCACGUGAUCAGGCAGCACCACCGGCACCCAGACCUCUUCCCUCCGCUGGGAGCUCCAGGUGCGCUCGCGCCCAGCAGUGACCUCAGCAGCCCCAGCCAGAGUGAGUUCAGCAGCGUGGACCUGGCGGUCCUCUUCUCCGACACGCCUGGCGACAGCGGUGGAGCCCCCAGGACCUCCGACGAGGCGCUGCGCGCUGGCGUUCUGACUGUCGACGUGACUUCUGUGAGCGCCUCUCUCGGGGGGGGCCUCCCUGCCAGUCAGGCUGCCUCCGGGCCCGUGGGCCCCCUGGUCCUGGUGGCCCGCGGUGACGUCCCACCGGGCCCGGACAGGCCCCUCGUCCUUGGGACGGCAGCCACGGUUCUCCAGCAGGGCAGCCUCGCUGCAGGUGACGUGCAGGCCGUGGACGCGGGGGCGCUGGGCUGUCUGGUGGCCCUGCCCGUGAAGAGCUUGAGUCGGGACCCCCAGGCUUUGACCUCUGCGAGCGGCCCCCAGGGAGACAGCAGUGCCCUGGAGCUGCUGGUUCCCAUCAAAGUGGAACCGGACUCGGCCCCCGGCCCCGCCGCCGGCGCACAGCAGGCGUGGAGCGGAGGGGCGCCGCGGCCUGUGGAGUGCAGCCCUGCAGAGGAGCUCGGACCUCGGAAGGACGCGCGUCUGGCUGCGGGGACCGGCGGCUUCUACUUGCUGUGUGACGUGGGCCAGCCCGGCGUCUGUGAGCCCAGAAGGCGCGUGGCGAAGGGGCCGCAGGAAGGUGGGGGCUCAGCAAGAACUGAUUCCCGAGCCAUCCAACUAGCCAAGGAAAGAAAGCAGAGAGGAGCCGGGCGCCACACAGGAGCCGCGGGGCCCGCACUGAGCACGGGGGAAGGCGACGUCCGUGCCGGCCCAGGAGCCUCCCUGUGGGGCAGCCUCGCAGUGCCCGGUGUGGCUCUGCCAUGCGUCCAGGUCCAGCUGCUGCAGGAUGACCCCUCAGGGGACGUGGUCUUCCCGUUGGCGCCCGGCCCGCAGCCUCCCGUCUCCCAACCCCUGCUUGCUGUCGAUCUGCCUGUCUACGUCCUCCAGGAGGUGCUCCCUGCAGCUGGAGGGCCCACUGGGCCUGAGGACAUGUGGAGCUCGGGCAGCACGGUCGGCCUGUGGGCCCUGCAGUGAAACCAGCUCUGCCUGGGCCGAGGGCGCCGCUUGGAAGGCUGGCCUCAUUCUUCAGAGACUUUGGGUACUUUUCGCAAGUGUUUUUCUUACAUUUUAUCAGGGACCCGUUUGGGGCCAUACCAUCCUCUCAGGGCAGAGCGUGCCUUUUCCCGCUCGGCUGUGCACGCGGCCUGCAUCUGCCUGAGCUUGCUGCGUGUAAAAACGGCCGCCCAGGGAGGAGGACGGAGCCUCCGCGGUGGCCCCUGACGGGGCUUCAGCAGUGGGCGCAGCGUCUGGCUGAGAGCAAACAGGCUGUCCCCGCCCUCGGUGGGGGUUGCGGUUGAGCUGGGGUGGCACCAGGUCUAGUGGCCCAGGCGGCCUGGUGUCAGGGGAACGUGACGGGUGACGCCCCCAGGCCCUGUCGCAGCCCUUGCACAGACCAAAUAUAGAGUUAAACCUUUUAAAGUGAUGAUUUUUCUGAGUUCUGAAUUUGGGUCGGUUUGUACAGCCACGUUCUGAGCACGGAGGUACGUGCGUGGCCCGUGGCUUCUUGAGGGUGAAGGGGUGCCCGUGUCCCCGUGUGUUUUCACGGAGUGAGGUCCGUCCUGAGAACAGACAAGUCAGUGAACGUGCACGUCAGUGGGCCGGACAGGGCUCUCAGAAAAGGUGUUUUGCCUCGUGCCUUCGCAGUGUUCUGUUCAGAUGCUGUUUUGAUUCUCGGGCUUGGGAUCAUCCCAGCUCUGCCCAUUCUGUGCGUCUCUCUUGAGUUUUGGGAAUGAGACUUCUGCUUUCUGCCGUGACUCCUCUGUGUCCUGCGUGGGGGAGGGGGUGUCUCCAUCUCUAGAUGGUGCUCCCCGAAGCCGCGCCUGGACCUCUGUCCCGCACACCCCCGGCGGGCGUCCCCCUGAGGUGCUCCGGACUUCCGUUUCCUGGGCACCGAGGUCCCUGCUGACUUUGGGCCCAACUCCUCACGCAAGUGAAUUAAAAGUUUUUGUACGGCCGCGCAUGGAAAGUUGACGUUUUU